AGCGCUAAAAUUAGUUUUACUCACAACUUGUCAGGCUGUUAAGAUGUUAUGGCUACUUGCAAUAAUCGGUGCGGCAUUAAUCGUAUACACUCUGGUGUAUGUCUUCUCAGUUUUUUACUUCGAUUGUGAUUUAAGUUUAGCAUACCAUGAAAAAUUCGGGAAACCAAUUGAAAGUUUAAAAGGCAAAGUGGUUUUCAUAACUGGUGCAUCAAGUGGUAUUGGUGAACACACCGCCUACGCGUUUGCCAAACGCGGUGUGAAAUUAGUACUAGCCGCGAGACGGAAAAUCGAAUUGGAUCGCGUUAAACAAGAAUGCCUCCAAUUAUCGAAUGGUGCACUUGGUGCCGAAGACGUUUUAGUACUUGAAAUGGACAUGUUGAAGUUAGAUAAACACGAGGAAUACUUCAAAACUGCUGUUGAUCAUUUUGGUACCAUUGAUGUCAUCUUUAAUAAUGCGGGCAGAUCACAGCGUGGUAUCUGGGAGAGAAUCGCGAUGCAAGUUGAUAAGGAAAUGUUUGAACUGAAUCUAUUUUCGGUGAUUAACUUGACGCGUGUUGCAUUGGCACAUUUUACUGAAUACGAAAAGGACACGUGGUGACGUACGUCUAGCGUGGCCGGCGUUUGCGUGCCGCAUUCAGCUAGUUAUACUGGUUCAAAACAUGCAUUACACGGAUACAUGAAUGCGUUAAGAAAUGAAAAGUUAAGAGCUAAUAUUGCUGUGAGUGUAAUUUGCCCCGGAACUGUAUUCACCAACUUUUACAACAUUCGUUUACGGAACAACCCGGUGUUAUGUUUGGUAUCAAGGUUCAACCAACAGAUCAUCGCAUGAAGGCCGAACGAUGUGGAGAAUUGUGUGCGGUGACGAUCGCGAAUCAGCUGAAUGAAUCAUGGAUGGCUUUGUUUCCGUUUUGACCAUUGCUGUAUAUUACCUAUUUUCCUAAUAUUUGCAGCGCAUUGAUGAGAUAUCUAGGUCCCGAAGGGUAUUACAAGUUGAGAGAUAAUCGUAAAUUGGAUUUUUAGUUCCAUCUACAAUUAUGUUUGUUCCGACCAACAAAUUUUACUGCUAAUGAUAGAAUCGUAAUACUGUAUGCAAAUGUGCAUUAGUUUUGUAAUGUGUUAUUUGUUUUAUGCAGUUGCAUAAUUUUAACUAAAUAACUUAAUUCCUGCACAAUAUUUACCUUUCCGCUACACUUUAUUUUCGCAUUUACGUGCGCAAAGGAUAAUUUCUAUACUCCGUAUACUCCGCCUAUUUUAAUUAAACUUUAUUACCGGCCGAGUUAUCAACAAAUAUUAGCGUGCUAAUUCAAGCGUAGCACAUUUUAUUAACACCAUCAAUAACGUGUUGUGCAUUUCCGAGAAUAUAAUAACAUUGUAAAACCGCUGCGACUAUCUUCAGCGCACAUCAAAACCAUAUAAUUCAAAUCGUGCCGUCCCCAAAGGAUUAAUAAACACAUAAAUAGUUAAAUGACAA